UAUUUUUUUUUAAUUUGUAUGAAUAUACCAAGAAAGAAUAAAUUAUUCGGCAUUAGUUUGUUUCGAAAAUUGAUAGCUUGAUGCAAAUUUUAUUAAAAAUGAAAAACUAGUAAAGGUACAAAAGUGGUAGUUAAAAUCUUCAAUGUAAAAUAAAUAAUAGUUUUGUUAUAUUAGAAUAUUGGUUGAUUAUUUUUUAUAUUCAUGAACGAAAUGAAGAAGAAUAUAAUAAAUAUUUUCCAAGAAUGCAUAAUGUCUGUUAUACCUAGGAACAUAAUUCGAAACUCUGUCACAUACAGAAAAUAUGUAUUGUCUGUAAAUAAUAUCCAAAUUCCAAUACCAGAAAAAAUUUAUAUGGUUGGAUUUGGUAAAGCUGUAUUGAGUAUGGCUUUAGAGAUGGAAAAAAUUCUAGAUGGUCAUUUAAAAAAAGCUAUAUUAAGUGUACCUUUUGGGACUCGUGUAACUGUGAAAGAUUCUGUAAUUUCUGUGCUUGAAGGUGCCGAAAAUAAUAUACCUGAUCAAAAUGCAGUUAAUAAUACUAAUGAUAUUAAGAAUUUUGUUAAAAGUUUAAAUCCUAAUGAUGUUUUAAUAGUUCUAAUCUCAGGGGGCGGAUCAGCUUUAUUGUCUUCACCAACAGUUCCACUUUUAGAUAAAAUUUGUGCAGUAAAUUUAUUGGGAUCUUGUGGGGCAUCAAUAAAUCAAUUGAAUUCUGUCAGAAAAGCUUUAUCAAAUGUUAAAGGUGGGAGAUUUAUCAAAUUUGUCAAUAAUGCUACUGUUGUUUCGUUAAUUUUAUCAGACAUAAUUGGAGAUCCAAUGAAUGCUAUUGCCAGUGGACCAACUGUUCUUAAUGAAGACAGUAAUGAAGUGCCACUUAAAAUAAUAAAAAAUUUAAAUGUUAUAGAUAAAUUACCAAAAACUGUACUUGAUGCUAUAUUAAAAAAUAAAAUAGAUACUGAUAUAGAUUUUACAAAAGUUCACAAUAUAAUUGUUGGUAAUAAUAAAAUUGCACUAAAUACAGGAGUCAAUAAGACAACUCAGUAUGUUUCUGUAUUACUUUCUGAUUCUAUACAAGGUAAUGUUAAAGAAGUGUCCAAACUUUACUCAAAUCUUAUCAAAUUUAUUUGCAAAUUGUACCUAAAUGAUGAAGAUGUAAACUUGAAAAAUUUACUCCUUAAAAAUAUUAUAACUUUAAAUUGUGAAAUAAAUCUUGAUGAUUUGUUGAAUAAAGUGAAAAAAGCAUCACAAAAAGGUUGUGGAUUGUGUUUGUUUGGUGGUGGGGAAACUACAGUAAUUUUAAAAGGAAAUGGCAUUGGAGGGAGAAAUCAAGAGUUGGCUUUAAGAACAUCAAUAGAUUUAGAUGAAAUUAAUGAAAAUAAUUUUGAUAUAAUGUUCUUUAGUGGAGGAACAGAUGGAAUUGAUGGUCCGACUGAUGCCUGUGGUGCUUUUGGAUACCCAGAUCUACUGAAAAAAGCUGUAACUGAAGGGCUAGACCCGUUGAUGUACAUUAUAAAUAAUGAUAGUUAUACAUUUUAUUCUAAAUUCAAUAAUGGUUUAGACCUCUUGAAAAUUGGUCACACCGGCACAAAUGUAAUGGAUUUACAAAUUAUUAUCAUUGAUCCAAAAAUAAAGUCGAAUAAAUAAUUUAACUAGUUCAUUGUACACGAAUUUUAACCUAAUUUAAAAUAAAUGUUUAAAUUGUAAGUUAUAUUA